GACUCGGUCUUUUGACAAUCAGCUGUCCGGAUUCGAUCGUUAGAUGACAAAAGUAGCUUAAAAGAUCGAUAACGUCUAAUCGAUUUUGUUUUACCUUUCGAUUUUUGACGAUCUGUCAUCGCGAUAACUUUAAAAGAAAACAGCUUACAUCACUAGUAACCUAAAAAUUUAAAAAAUACGACAUCAACAAGACGCUGAAAUUCUGUUUAUUUCCGUUUUUUGUGAAAAAAACUGUAACGUACGUGAUAAAUAUUGGGUUAAUAAUAUUAACUGCGUUAAUACACUUUUGUUUAACUGUUAGUGUAAGUAAAAUUUGCGUAGAAAAUGUUCAACCAACUGGGUGGCGGUGGCGCGAAUCCGAAUAAGGACCUAGAGGUGACUUCGCCCCCUGAUGAUACGGUGUCAGCGCUGGAGUUCUCGCCACCGAGCGUGCCUCAGACCUUCCUAGUCGCCGGCAGUUGGGACUGCAGAGUAAGAUGCUGGGAGGUGGAAGGCACAGGCAAGACUGUGCCAAAAGCCGUACAAGGCAUGGAUGGGCCUAUACUGGACGUUGCUUGGCAUGAUGAUGGCUCCAAAGUAUUCAUGGCAUCCACAGACAAGAGCGUCAAAUGCUGGGAUCUUGCUGCUAAUCAGACUGUACAGGUAGCCGCUCACGACGCGCCGGUGCGCACGUGCCACUGGGUGAAGGCUCCCAACUACACCUGUCUGAUGACCGCCUCCUGGGAUAAGACCCUUAAGUUUUGGGAUACGCGGAGUGCCGUCCCGAUUAUGACGAUGAACCUGUCCGAGAGAUGUUACUGCGCUGAUGUGGAUUACCCAAUGGCAGUAGUGGGCACAGCUGACCGGGGUGUCUGCCUGUACACCUUGGAGGGCAAGCCUGCAGAGUUCAAGCGCAUAGAGUCACCUCUCAAGCACCAGCACCGCUGCGUGGCCAUCUUCAAGGAUAAGAAGACCAAGCAGCCCGCGGGCUUCGCGCUCGGCAGCGUGGAGGGCAGGGUCGCCAUACAGUACGUCAACCCCGCCAACCCCAAGGACAACUUCACCUUCAAGUGCCAUCGCUCCACUGGCACCACUGCUGGAUAUCAGGACAUCUACGCAGUAAACGACAUAGCGUUCCACCCCUCUCACGGUACCCUGGCUACCGUCGGCUCGGACGGGUCCUACUCGUUCUGGGACAAGGACGCGCGCACCAAGCUCAAGUCGUCCGAGACCAUCGACCAGCCGCUCACCAAGUGCGCCUUCAAUCAUAGCGGCCAGAUCUUCGCGUAUUCUGUGGGCUAUGACUGGUCUAAGGGUCACGAACACUUCAAUCCAAACAAGAAGAACUUCAUCUACCUGCGGCCGUGCUUUGAAGACCUGAAGCCGAGAUCCACAUAAGUUAUGACGUCAUAUUUAUGAGAUGGCGUUACAUUAAAGUUCCAUAUCCAAUGAGGGCUACAUUCCCUAAUAAACAUAUACCGGGUGUUAGUGACAUCGUAACGAAUAUCGAGAGGGAUGAUUCAGACUAUGAUUCUGAGUUGAUAUGAAGCGGAAUUUGCUGUCGGAAAAUUCAUGAUUUUUUUUUCAAUUGUUUUCAGUUCCAUACUUUUGCGACGCAAAAUUU